AUGCAAAUUCUAGAAUCGUCUGAAAUUACUAUGGGACAUGCGCAGUCGUCGUCGUCGUCAAAUCCCAGCGAGAUCAACGAGAAGACGAAGGAGAAGGUUGAGAAACUCUUCCGCCAAAAUAACCGAACGAAUCGCUCGCGAAGUCUUGACAAUCGGUCGCAGGAGAAACUUCCGACGCGCGCCGUCGGCUCGAGUCAUUCGGCGCGCUUCCCGCGAACUCGACAUUUUCCGCAAAGGAAAUCCGAAGAUGGGCCGAAUGGCGCAAUUUCGGGAUUGAGUCGCGACGAUAAGCGAAUCAUCGAAACGUGCUGGUUCAAAUGCACCCAAAAACAAUUGAAAAAGUGCACAUGCGACAUUUUUUGGAAUAUUUUGCACACCGAUGAGGAUCUUUUGAGAUUAUUUCGAUUGGAUCACGUUCCAACCAAUAAAUUGAAAGAAAAUGAUUACUUCAAAUCGCAUGCCUCCAAUCUUGCUCUCGUGUUGAACCUCGUCGUCACAAAUCUACAAGACAAUUUCGAAAGGGCUCAGGAUGCGCUACAGGCGCUUGGCUUCCAGCACCUUCAGCUUAUCGAUCGCUCACGAUUCCAAUCAAUGUAUUGGGAUAUUUUCACCGACUGCUUCGAGCGAAAUCCACCACCGUCGUUUCGAAAAGGAGCCGAACGCGAGGUGUGGAGCCGAAUGAUAUUGUUCAUAAUUGCUCAAAUGAAGACGGGUUAUCAAGAGGCAUUAAAUGAGCACAAAUCCGAGCAGCGGCUCAGCGUCCCAUUCGCGUUAUGA